GAAAUAUCUGAUUUUUCGUGGGUGAACAGUAAAAAAAUGUGACAUUGCAAACAUGUUAGCAAAUAAAUAUGGUUUACAUAAAAAAAACUUUAAAGGAGGUAAGUAUCAGUUCAGAUAAAGUAAAUGUGAUUUUGAUGUAAAAACACUAAUAAUAAUAAAGUAAUUCCUAAGCAUUUUCCUCAAAAUUUUUGUUUUCUACUUAUUUAAUUUCCAUUUGGCGGUCGCCAAACUCCCCCAAAGAGGGACCCAAAGGAGCUGAGACGCUUUGACUUGGGUAUCAAAACACGUUCCUCUCACGUGAGCAGACCGCAUAGCGAAUACUUCACCAUUUUUUGCUAUAUAACAAACCAACCGACCACCCCUUCCACCUUUUCCCACCGCUCCUCCUUCCCUGAAUCAAGCGCGAAAUUAAGACAAAAUACAGCGUGGUUUUAUCAGUUGUAAAACACCCAGCUUCUAAGAAUCAGCGUUCUCGAAGAAGAGGGAAACAAUGAGAACAGAGCCAAGUAAUAAUCUCAGGUCUCCUUCUUGGCCAAAGACCGUGAUGAGAAAAUGGCUGAACAUGAAGAGUGGAGCUUAUGAUUUCCAUUCUGAUUACAAAAGAAAAAAAGGAGGGAGAGUCGGAGCGGUACAAAACAGAAGGAAGAGCUGCUCAGACAAGAACGAGACGUUCCUAAUGCAGCCGGGUUUGUCAGGUGGUUGGCUGGUGGAGAGUUAUGGAAAUCUUAAACCCCUUCGAUUUGGAUUGGACUUGAAAGAUUUUGCAUCUCCUGUGUCGGAGAAAUUGAGAUUGUUUGUGGGGACGUGGAACGUGGGAGGGAGGGCCCCACAUGAAGGGAUGAACUUGAAGGAUUGGCUGAUGAGCACUCCAACACCAGCUGACAUUUUUGUUAUUGGGUUCCAAGAAAUCGUCCCCUUCAACUCGUCCAAAAAAGGCCACACAAUUCCGGAAAAUUUCAAGGCUGCCACUGAAUCCGAUCCUGCCCAAAAACCGAGGGUCAGCUUCUCGGACCUGUUGUCGAUGUCUGAUCCGAUCGACGACGAGGAUCCGAAUUCUAUCGACGAGGACGAAUGUUUCGAAUAUUCGACGAACAAUUCGCGGGGUCGUUACUGCUUAGCGGCGAGCAAGCAGAUGGUGGGGAUAUUUGUGUGUGUUUGGGUCCGGUCCGGGCUCAUGCGGCACGUGACCAGUCUUAAAGUCUCGUGCGUUGGGAGGGGCAUAAUGGGGUACAUGGGAAACAAGGGAUCAAUUUCAAUUAGCAUGGCAAUUAAAGAAACAGCAUUUUGCUUUGUUUGCACGCAUUUGACAUCAGGGGAGAAGGAGGGAGACGAACAAAGGAGAAAUUCGGACGUGAUGGAAAUUCUGAAGAGGACCAGAUUUCCACCAACAAAUCGAUUUUCGAGACCAUUUUCGUUUUCUCCCGACACAAUUUUAGACCACGACAAAAUUAUAUGGCUCGGGGAUCUUAACUACAGACUCGCCACCGCGUGUAGUGAGACGCGUGAGCUGUUACAGAAGAACGACUGGCAAGCGUUGUUAGAAAAAGAUCAGUUACGGAUUGAGCAAAGAGCUGGGCGAGUAUUCGAAGGAUGGGAAGAAGGGAGAAUACAUUUUCCUCCUACUUACAAGUUUCUCACUAACUCUGAUAGCUACGCACUUAUCCCCUCUAAAUCGAAGCAAAAGCGUCGAACACCAGCUUGGUGCGACCGCAUUCUAUGGCGAGGAAAAGGGCUCGACCAGAAGUGGUACGUCAGGGGCGAGUCAAGAUUCUCAGAUCACAGACCGGUCUCUUCUCUCUUCAGCGUACAACUUGAUGACUAUAUAUCCAUGUUAUGAAGAAGACUGUAACCGCACGCCAGAAUCGAGGACCAAGGUUUUGACCAGAACCAACUUGAUGGGACCCACUAAGUUGGCUGACUUGAUGAAUGAGAAAAAGUCCAAGCUGGAGAGUCUGCUAGGUUCUGAAGUUGUAUAGGAGUUUUAGUGUUGCCAUUGUUUUGGUUAUUUUAUUUGUUGGUUUUAUGUAAGUAAUUUGUGAUUAGAGAGUAUUAAACUAUAAAUAAUGAUACAACCGGGAGGGAGAAGAACUGAAGAAGACAUGUUUUGCUGCAUAUUUUAAAGUUGGU